AUGGCAUUGAGCAUUUUGAAGGAAAUCCAAUUGUCACUUCUUAAUCAAAUGUUGCAAAAGGGUUUGAUCAAUAAUGAAUUUGAACAUUUGAUGAUUUCAAAGAGGGCAAAAGAUCCUCAAUCUGUAGUUCAAACAAUUGAAGAAUAUUGUGCUGAGGUUGAAGCUAUAUUAUCACAAAUGAAAAAUGACAUUGAUACUCCUGAAGUUGACUUUUCUCAUUUGAUGGCAUCAUGUGAACUCGUCAAAGACAAAAGUAUAAGGAUUGGUUCUGUACUAGUGAGUUCCACAUGCAUGCUUCUCAUUCGUGUUUGUGAUGAGAGAAACAAAAAGAAGUUUUCCCUAAUCUUGGAGUUGUUAAAGAAUGAUUUUUCAACUACACAAAGCCAAUUGGAAGCUUAUGCUAGGAUGGAGAGAAGGAUUAUCAUAGUGCAAAUUGAUGAAGCUGGAAGCUCAAGUUUUUAA